AUGAAGGAAGGCUGCCACUAUGUCAACGAAGGAGGGGAUGAUCAGAUGGAAAUCAUUGGUUACAGACGCAGCAAGGUCAAAGAGACGCUGACAUAUAUUGGUUACUUCUUAACCGUGGCCCUUCUCCGGCUUCUCUUCUACUGGAUGACCCACUGGAUGCUCUAUGCCACACACAGUAAAUGUCCACUGCCAGAUGCUGAGAAGAUUCUGCUCAAGGAUCAGUAUGAUCAGUACUUUGUGUCCACUGUCCAGACGAUCACUAGAGAAGGAACAGGUGUCAAGUUAAAGAAACCAAAAAAGCGGCUUUUCAGUAAGAAACAAGAUGUCAUCAAUUAUAAUGCUCAGAGUGAUGAAAAUCUCAUUAGAUACUUUGUGUGCAAGAAAAUCAAGUAUCUGUGGAAUCCCGAACAGGCCCAGUUUGUUCCACUCAAAGGUUUAGACGAAGGAUAUAAGUUGACAUACUUCCACAACACCAAUGGCCUUAAUCAGAAAGACCAGUUCAAACGACAGGUGCUGUAUGGCCUGAAUUCCAUUGCUGUUCAUGUUACCCCUAUCGUUGUUUUGCUGUUUCAGCAGAUGUUGUCUCCCUUUUACAUCUUCCAAGUUUUCUCCACGAUAAUAUGGUACGUGGAUGACUACUACAUCUAUGCUACCUGCAUUGUUGUCAUGACAACCCUGUCCGUCACCGUCACCAUCUACCAGACCAGAAAGUUUGAACGUGCCUUGCGCAAUACAAUUACCUCAACAACAGUUAUUACUGUGUGCAGAGAUGGAGUUUUUAUUGAAAUCCCUUCCGAAGACCUUGUUCCUGGUGACGUGAUCGAGAUUCCUCGUUAUGGAUGUGACAUGCAGUGUGAUGCUGUACUUGUCACCGGUAACUGCAUUGUCAAUGAGAGUAUGUUGACAGGCGAAAGUGUCCCAGUUACCAAAACUUCCCUGCCCAACCCAACAGGCAUGAAAGAGCAGCACAAUCCAGAGCUUAGCAUGAAGGAACAUUCCAGACAUGUCUUGUUUUGUGGCACUCAUGUAAUACAGACCAGAUUCUAUGGCAACCAGAAAGUCAAGGCUGUGGUACUUAGAACAGGUUUCUCAACAUCCAAAGGAGAACUGGUCAGGUCCAUCAUGUUUCCUAAACCAGUGGAUUUCAAAUUCCAGAGACAUUCCUACUACUUCAUAAUGGUUCUGGCCGCCAUUGCUGCUCUUGGUUUUAUCUACACAAUUGUUUUGAUGGUAUUAAAUGGUGAUACACCCAAAGAUAUUAUUAUCAGAGCUCUUGAUUUGGUCACUAUUGCCGUCCCUCCAGCUCUUCCUGCAGCUCUGGCAGUCGGUGUGGUCUUCUCCCAGAGCAGACUGCAGGAUCAAAAUAUUUAUUGCAUCAGUCCUAGAGGCAUCAGCAUCAGCGGGACCAUCAACACUUGUUGUUUUGACAAGACUGGCACUCUGACAGAGGAUGGUUUGGACAUGCAUGGAGUGGUCAAAGUAGAAAAAUCCAAAUUUCAGCCAAUAAUAAAAGAUAUGAAUCAGCUUGGUACUGGCCCAAUCGUAACUGCUAUGGCCGCUUGUCAUUCGCUGACCAUAAUUGAAAAUCAGCUGAUGGGCGACCCACUGGAUCUCAUAAUGUUUAAUGCUACUAAGUGGGAUUUGGAAGAACCAGGGCCAGAAGAAACCAGGUUUGAUAUGAUGACCCCUACUAUUGUCAGACCACAGGCCUCAUCAAAAGUUCAUGGCUCUGCUGAAGCUCUGAGUGGUAAUGAUGUUGGCAUUGUUCGUCAGUUCCCCUUCUCCUCCAGCCUCCAAAGGAUGUCUGUGAUCACAAGAACUCUUGGAGCCAACAACUUUGAUCUCUUUGUGAAAGGCUCACCUGAGAUGAUAAGCAGCCUGUCCAAUCCUGAAACAGUUCCAUCCAAUUUCCAGCAAGUUCUACAAUCCUAUACUCAGCAUGGCUACAGAGUGAUUGCCCUUGCCUGGAAAUCAUUGCCAGCCAAGCUCAAUUAUGUAAAGGUUCAGAGAAUUACCAGAGAUCAAGUGGAGAAUGAUUUGACCUUUCUGGGAUUGCUGGUCAUGGAGAACAGACUCAAACCCCAAUCAGCUCCAGUCAUUAAUCAGCUCAUUGAUGCAGACAUUCGUGUCAUUAUGGUCACAGGAGACAAUAUGCUGACAGCACUGAGUGUUGCCAGAGAGGUUCAAAUGGUGGAGAGAACUGACCGUAUCAUCCUGGUACAGGCCUACCCUCCACAGAUGGGGCAUUCUGAUGUCAGCUUGGAGUUUGUCUAUGCCGAUGACAGUGGAACUAAAGUGGAAGAAGUUGUUGCCAUGGACAAGAAAAUUCAAAUCGAUGAGAACAGCCCAAGAUUUCAUUUUGCUCUCACAGGAAAGACCUGGGCAGUUAUACGUCAGCACUGUCCUAAUCUUUUAAACAAAAUUGUUGUACGUGGUGCUGUGUUUGCUCGUAUGGCUCCAGAACAGAAAGGUCAGCUAGUGGAAGUGUUGCAAGAUGUGGG